GUUCGUAUAACUCAGUACCAGGAAAGUGGGGGAAAUUCUUAGAAAUGUUUUCCAAGAUGUUGAAGGUCAUCACAGGGGUCGGCAACCAAGCAUGCUGAAAGAGCCAUAUUGGACCAAAAAUACAAAAAGCCGCAAAAAGUGUGUAGGUGAGUGAGGCCAUUACACCCUCCAAGAUGGUGGCUUUGUCGCUGAAGAUCUGUGUGCGCCAGUGCAAUGUGGUGAAGACCAUGCAGUUCGAGCCGUGCACGCCUGUGUACGACGCCUGCAGGAUCAUCAGAGAACGUGUCCCCGAGGCCCAGUCAGGACAAGCCUCAGAUUAUGGUCUCUUCCUCUCUGACGACGAUCCCAGGAAAGGAAUCUGGUUGGAGUCCGGGAGAACCCUGGAUUUCUACAUGCUGAGAAACGGAGAUGUUUUGGAGUACAAGAAGAAACAAAGGCCGCUGAAGAUCAAAAUGCUCGAUGGAGCCGUGAAGACCAUCAUGGUGGAUGACUCCAAAACUGUGGGGGAGCUGCUGGUCACCAUCUGCAGCAGGAUAGGAAUCACCAACUAUGAGGAGUACUCGCUCAUCCAGGAGGUGCCGGAGGACAAGAAGGAGGACAAUAUGGCAACGCUGAAGAAAGACCGAACGCUGCUGCUCAGAGAUGAGAGGAAGAUGGAGAAGCUCAAAGCCAAGCUGCAUACAGAUGACGAUUUGAACUGGCUGGACCACAGCAGGACCUUCAGAGAGCAGGGAGUGGAGGAAAGUGAGAUGCUGCUGCUCAGACGCAAGUUCUUCUACUCGGACCAGAACGUGGACUCGCGGGACCCUGUUCAGCUCAACCUGCUUUAUGUCCAGGCCAGGGAUGACAUAUUGAAUGGAUCCCACCCUGUUUCCUUUGACAAAGCCUGUGAGUUUGCGGGGUUCCAGGCUCAGAUCCAGUUUGGACCCCACGUGGAGCACAAACACAAGCCUGGAUUUCUGGACCUGAAGGAGUUCCUGCCUAAAGAAUACAUCAAGCAAAGAGGAUCAGAGAAGAAAGUAUUCCAAGAUCAUAAAAACUGCGGCGAGAUGACGGAGAUCGAGGCCAAAGUGAAGUAUGUGAAACUGGCCAGAUCUCUGCAGACAUACGGGGUGUCCUUCUUCCUGGUGAAGGAAAAGAUGAAAGGUAAGAAUAAGUUGGUGCCGCGCCUGCUGGGGAUCACCAAAGAGUCGGUGAUGCGAGUGGACGAGAAGACUAAAGACGUGGUGCAGGAGUGGCCGCUGACGACUGUCAAAAGAUGGGCCGCCUCCCCCAAGAGCUUCACCCUGGACUUUGGCGAGUACCAGGAGAGUUACUACUCUGUCCAGACUACGGAGGGAGAACAAAUAUCUCAGCUCAUUGCGGGAUAUAUCGACAUUAUUCUGAAAAAGAAGCAGAGUAAAGAUCGCUUUGGCCUUGAGGGAGACGAGGAGUCCACCAUGUUGGAGGAAUCGGUUUCUCCAAAGAAGUCCACCAUUCUACAGCAGCAGUUUAACCGGGUGGGCCGGGUGGAGCAUGGCUCAGUCGCCCUUCCUGGGAUUAUUCGCUCAGGGUCUGUUGGUGGCCCUGACAACUUCAACGUGGGCACCAUGCCCUCUGCUCAGCAACAAAUCACCACUGGACAGAUGCACAGAGGACACAUGCCGCCACUGAGUUUGGCCCAGCAGGCCCUGAUGGGAACAAUCAACAGCAGUAUGAAGGCGGUGCAGCAGGCCCAGUCUGACCUGGGACAUGUGGAUAGUCUUCCUCCUCUUGGCCAUGACCUGGCAUCUCGGGUUUGGGUCCAGAACAAAGUGGAUGAAUCCAAACAUGAAAUUCACUCUCAGGUCGACGCCAUCACGGCUGGAACGGCGUCCGUGGUCAAUCUUACUGCAGGUGAGCCCACAGAGACGGACUACACGGCGGUGGGUUGCGCCAUCACCACCAUCUCUUCCAACCUGACGGAGAUGUCCAAGGGCGUCAAGCUCCUCGCAGCGUUAAUGGACGACGAGGUGGGCAGUGGACACAAGCUGAUGGGGGCUGCCAGGAUGCUGACGGGAGCUGUGUCAGAUCUACUCAGAUCUGUUGAGCCUGCCGCUUCUGAGUCCAGGCAGACCGUGCUGACUGCGGCAGGAAGUAUCGGACAAGCCAGCGGGGACCUGCUCCGACACAUGGGGGAGGGCGAGACUGACGAGAAGUUCCAGGACACCCUGAUGAACCUGGCCAAAGCAGUGGCCAAUGCAGCUGCGAUGUUGGUUCUGAAGGCCAAGAACGUGGCCCAGGUGGCCGAGGACACCAUAUUGCAGAACCGCGUGAUAGCGGCCGCCACUCAGUGUGCCCUGUCCACCUCCCAGCUGGUCGCCUGCACCAAGGUGGUGAGUCCGACCAUCAGCUCGCCAGUGUGCCAGGAGCAGCUGGUGGAGGCUGGAAAGUUGGUGGAGCGCUCUGUGGAGACCUGUGUCAAAGCCUGCCGCUCAGCCAGCGACAAUGGCGAGCUGCUGAAGCAGGUCGGAGCGGCUGCCGGCGUGGUGAGCCAGGCCCUCAACGACCUCCUGCAGCACGUCCGCCAUUACGCCAGCUGCGGCGAGCCCAUCGGGCGCUACGACCAGGCCACCGACACCAUCAUGAACGUCACGGAAAACAUCUUCACGUCGAUGGGUGACGCCGGUGAGAUGGUGCGCCAAGCCCGAGUCCUAGCACAAGCCACCUCGGACUUGGUGAACGCCAUGAGAUCCGACGCCGAGGCAGAAGUGGACGUGGACAACUCCAAAAAGCUGUUGGCUGCAGCAAAACUGCUGGCUGAUGCCACCGCUCGCAUGGUGGAAGCCGCCAAGGGGGCCGCUGCUUACCCGGAGAACGAAGACCAGCAGCAGAGGCUUAGAGAGGCGGCGGAGGGUUUGCGUGUUGCCACUAAUGCUGCUGCUCAGAAUGCAAUAAAGAAAAAGCUGGUCAGCAGGCUGGAGAUAGCUGCUAAGCAGGCGGCCGCUGCAGCGACUCAAACGAUUGCAGCUGCUCAAAAUGCUGCAGCGUCGAACAAAAACACAAUGUCACACCAACAGCUCGUGCACAGCUGCAAGGCGGUAGCAGAUAGCAUCCCUCAGUUGGUCCAAGGGAUGAGGAGCAACCAAGUCCAACCUGAAGAGCUGGGGGCCCAGCUCGCCCUCAUCAUGGCCAGCCAGAGUUUUUUACAGCCUGGCAGUAAAAUGGUGGUGUCUGUCAAGUCAGCAGUUCCGACGGUGGCUGACCAGGCGGCAGCCAUGCAAUUGGGCCAGUGUGCCAAGAAUCUAGCGACCUGCUUGGCAGAGCUCAGGACGGCUGCCCAGAAGGCCCAUGAAGCGUGCGGCCCUCUGGAGAUCGACUCGGCCCUCAAGACGGUCCAGACGCUAAAAUGCGAGCUGCAGGACGCCAAGAUGUCUGUCAUUGACAGCCAACUCAAACCUCUUCCCGGGGAAACGUUGGAGAAGUGUGCUCAGGAUUUGGGGAGCACGUCCAAGGCCGUGGGCUCGUCCAUGGCCCAGCUGCUGACAUGUGCCGCGCAGGGCAAUGAACAUUACACAGGUGUGGCCGCCAGAGAAACGGCGCAGGCUUUAAGGUCGUUGGCACAAGCAGCCCGAGGUGUAGCAGCCAGCACCAAGGAGCCUCAAGCUGCAGCUGCAAUGCUGGACUCAGCCCAGUGUGUCAUGGAGGGCUCGUCCAUGCUCAUUCACGAAGCCCACCAGGCCCUGGUUCAUCCGGGAGAUGCGGAAAGCCAGCAGAGACUUGCACAGGUGGCCAAAGCCGUGUCGCACUCGCUGAAUAAUUGUGUGAACUGCCUGCCGGGCCAGAAGGACGUUGACAUGGCUCUCAGGAGCAUUGGAGAAGCCAGCAAAAAGUUGUUGGUGGACAUUCUUCCCCCUUGCAGUAAGACAUUCCAGGAAGCCCAGACUGAUCUGAACCAUACAGCCGCUGAGCUCAACCACUCCGCGGGCGAGGUCGUCCACUCCUCGCGCGGAACCAGCAGCCAGCUGGCCUCCGCCUCCGGCAAGUUCAGCCAAGACUUUGACGAGUUCCUUGAUGCCGGUGUCGAGAUGGCAGGACACACCCAAAGCAGGGACGAUCAGAUUCAAGUCAUUGGCAAUCUGAAGAACAUCUCCAUGGCGUCCAGUAAACUGCUGCUGGCUGCCAAGUCUCUGUCUGUGGAUCCAGGUGCAGCCAAUGCCAAGAAUCUUCUUGCAGUAGCGGCAAGGGCCGUCACAGAGAGUAUCAACCAGCUGAUCACACUGUGCACACAGCAGGCUGCAGGACAAAGGGAGUGUGACAACGCCUUGAGGGAGUUGGAGGCUGUCAGAGGGCUUCUAGAUAAUCCCAGCGAGCCCAUCAGCGAACUGUCCUACUUCGACUGUAUCGAGAGCGUCAUGGAAAAUUCAAAGGUACUUGGAGAGUCCAUGGCAGGCAUCUCUCAGCAUUGCAAGACAUGUGACGUGGUGGCUUUUGCGGACUGUGUAGGUGUGGCGUCCAAAGCUCUCUGCGGACUGACAGAGGCCGCAGGACAGGCCUCGUAUCUUGUAGGUGUGUCGGAUCCCAACAGUCAGUCAGGCCAUGAGGGACUGGUGGACCCCAUCCAGUUUGCACGGGCCCACCAAGCGAUACAGAUGGCUUGUCAGAGCUUAGUGGACCCAACUAGUAGUCCCUCGCAGGUCUUGUCUGCAGCCACCAUUGUGGCCAAGCACACGUCAGCUUUGUGCAACGCCUGCCGCCUCGCCUCCUCCAAGACCUCCAACCCCGUGGCUCGUAGACAGUUUGUCCAGUCGGCCAAAGAGGUGGCCAACACCACCGCCAACUUGGUCAAGACCAUCAAGGUCAACUCCCCAACUGAUCAAAACGCUUCAGAUGGGGAUUUUUCGGAAGAGAACAGAAACAGGUGCCGUGUUGCUACCGCCCCCCUCCUGGAGGCUGUGGAAAACUUGUCAACCUUUGCCAACAACCCGGAUUUUGCCAGCAUCCCAGCUCAGAUCAGCAACGAGGGUGCAGUAUCCCAGGAGCCGAUAGUCCGUUCAGCGCGCUCUAUGCUUGAUAGCUCCACUUACCUCCUUGAAACGGCCAGGUCGCUGGUCCUCAACCCCAAAGACCCGCCCACUUGGUCUAUACUCGCUGGUCACUCCAGAACAGUAUCUGACUCCAUCAAGAGCCUCAUCACUUCUAUCAGGGACAAGGCACCAGGACAGAAGGAGUGUGAUUACUCAAUAGAUAGCAUCAAUAAAUGUAUCCGAGACAUUGAGCAAGCUUCCCUGGCUGCGGUUGGACAGACGCUGCCCAGCAGAGAUGAUAUCUCUAUGGAAGCCCUGCAGGAACAGCUGACUUCAUCCGUGCAGGAGAUUGGCCAUCUGAUUGAUCCCGUCUCCACGGCCGCCCGGGGUGAAGCCGCCCAGCUGGGACACAAGGUGACUCAGCUAGCCGGCUACUUUGAGCCACUUGUCGUCGCAUCAGUAGGUCUGGCCUCCAAGCUGCACGACCACCAACAGCAAAUGACCAUUCUGGAUCAGACCAAGACCCUGUCCGAGUCUGCCUUGCAGAUGCUUUACGCUGCCAAGGAAGGUGGCGGAAACCCAAAGGCAUCCCACACUCAUGACGCCAUCUCCGAAGCCGCACAGCUGAUGAAGGAGGCGGUGGACGACAUCAUGGUGACUUUGAACGAGGCAGCCAGCGAGGGGGGCAUGGUCGGGGGCAUGGUGGAGUCCAUCGCCGAGGCCAUGGGCCGGCUGGAUGAAGGAACACCUCCUGAACCAGACGGCUCCUUUGUGGACUACCAGACGACGAUGGUGAAGUUCUCCAAGGCCAUCGCCAUCGUGGCACAAGAGAUGAUGACCAAGUCAGUGACGUGUCCAGAAGAGCUUGGCGGCCUGGCCUCUCAAGUGACGGUGGACUAUGGGCAGCUGGCACACCAGGGACGUCUCGCUGCAGCCACAGCAGAACUUGAAGAGGUGGCUUUCCAGAUCAGGACACGUGUACAAGAGCUGGGACACGGCUGUAUCUACCUGGUCCAGAAAGCCGGCGCCCUGCAGCUCAGCCCUACAGACAGCUUCUCUAAAAGGGAACUCAUUGAGUGUGCUCGUGCAGUCACAGAAAAGGUGUCCUUGGUGCUGUCGGCGCUGCAGGCGGGUAACAAAGGCACCCAGGCCUGCAUUACAGCAGCCAGCGCCGUGUCUGGCAUCAUCGCUGACCUCGACACGACCAUCAUGUUCGCCUCGGCGGGGACGCUGAACCCCGAGAAUGACGAGUCCUUUGCUGACCACAGGGAGAGCAUUUUGAAGACCGCCAAGGCACUGGUGGAGGACACCAAGCUGCUGGUCGCUGGAGCCGCAUCCAGCCAGGAGAAGCUGGCUCAGGCUGCCCAGUCCUCAGCGAAGACCAUCACCCAGCUCACGGAAGUGGUCAAACUGGGAGCGACAAGCAUGGGUUCAGAAGAACCUGAAACACAGGUGGUUCUGAUAAACGCAGUGCGCGACGUGGCCAAGGCCCUGGCCGAACUCAUCAGUGCCACCAAGUGUGCCGCCGGCAAACCCGCUGACGACCCGUCUAUGUAUCAGCUGAAAGGCGCUGCCAAGGUCAUGGUGACCAACGUGACGUCGCUUCUGAAAACAGUGAAGGCAGUGGAGGAUGAAGCCACUCGCGGGACGAGGGCGCUGGAGGCCACCAUUGAGUGCAUCAAGCAGGAGCUGACAGUGUUCCUGUCCAAGGAGGUUCCGGACAAGUCCGCCACACCUGACGAGUUCAUCCGUAUGACAAAGGGCAUCACCACGGCGACGGCCAAGGCGGUGGCAGCGGGGAACUCGGCUCAGCAGGAGCACGUGAUCGCCACCGCCAACCUGAGCCGCAAAGCCAUCUCUGACAUGCUGACGGCCUGCAAGAAAGCAGCACACCACCCGGAAGUGAGCGAGGACUUAAAGUGCAAGGCCCUCCAGUACGGCUCAGAAUGCACCACGGGAUACAUCAACCUCUUGGAACAAGUUUUACAGGUGGUGCAGAAGCCCACUCUGGAGCAGAAGCAGCAGCUGGCUGUCCACUCAAGACACGUGGCAGGGUGUGUGACGGAGCUCAUCCAGACAGCCGAGGCCAUGAAAGGAUCCGAGUGCGUGGACCCCGAGGACCCCACCGUCGUGGCAGAGAGCGAGCUCCUCGGAGCCGCCGCCUCCAUUGAAGCGGCUGCCAAGAAACUGGAGCAGCUGAAGCCCAGAGCCAAGCCCAAGCAGGCCGAUGAGACGCUUGAUUUCGAAGAGCAGAUUCUAGAAGCCGCAAAGUCCAUCGCCGCAGCAACCAGUGCUCUUGUCAAGUCGGCAUCAGCAGCUCAGCGAGAGCUGGUGGCCCAGGGCAAGGUCGGAUCCAACAUAGCCAACGCAGUGGAUGAUGGCCAGUGGUCCCAGGGUCUCAUAUCCGCUGCUCGCAUGGUUGCCGCCGCCACCGGCAACCUGUGUGAGGCGGCCAACGCCUCGGUGCAGGGCCACGCCAGCGAGGAGAAGCUCAUCUGCUCGGCCAAGCAGGUCGCCGCCUCCACAGCCCAGCUCCUGGUGGCCUGCAAGGUGAAGGCUGACCAGGAUUCUGAAGCGAUGAGGAGACUACAGGCCGCCGGCAACGCGGUGAAGCGAGCUUCUGACAACUUGGUGAAGGCGGCUCAGAAGGCAGCCUUCGACAAGUCCGAGGACGACAGCGUGGUGGUCAAAACCAGAUUUGUCGGCGGCAUCGCUCAGAUCAUAGCGGCUCAAGAAGAGAUGCUGAGGAAGGAGCGUGAGCUGGAGGAAGCCCGCAAGAAGCUGGCUCAGAUCCGACAGCAGCAGUAUAAAUUCCUGCCGAGCGAGCUGAGGGAGGACGAAGGUUGAGGAACGGUCGAGACGGCCGCCCUUUUCCACGCUCGUGUCAGCGAGGACUGUACCGCACUUGAAACAGGCCCCCUUUUUGGUAAGACAAGCAAGUGCCUGUGCUUUGUCGCGUAUUUGUGUGCGAGUGCGUGAGUGUGUGAGUGUGCUCAUUUAUGAUACAAUAAUGAAGAAUGCAGAAGUUGUACAUUUAUAAUUGUUACUGAAUGUUUUUAUGGUCACCAAGCGAAUAAUACUGACGAUGGUGGCAGAGCGCCUCUGUUUCAAAAGGACCAAAACGAAGGCAGGGAGGGCAUUCUUCACCUUGGCUUGCAUGCUCCAUCCAACCUUUGCAUAUCAAUGAAGCUACCAACCAAUAGCAGAAUGGCACUUGUUACAUAUGAUCAAUGCAAACAUAGAGAAAUUAUAUUCAGGCAAAUAUUUAUUCUAGAUUGAUAUUUUCAAUGGGCAAUACAUUUAUCUUCAAGUGUGGGGAAAGUCGAGAGUUUUUGACGUGACCAAAUGAUCUACUUGUGUAAACGUUCACUUCAUCUUUAGAAACUUUUGUUUUCCAACUUUGAAAUAGCCAACAUGUUUAGUUGUAUGGAUACAGUGGAACCUCAAAGCUGACCUUUGAUCAGUGAUUCUCAAAAGAAUCACUUAAUCAAAUAUUCCAACACAGUGUUACUGUUCAAACUGUGAGUAAUGUUACAGUGGCCCAAAUUUUAAAUACACCGUAUUUUCCGUACCAUACGGUGCACCGGAUUAUGAGGCGCACUGCCGAUGAAUGCUCUAUUUGCGACCUUUUUUCAUAUAUAAGGCGCACCGGAUUAUAAGGCGCAUUAAAGGAGUCAUAUUAUUAUGUUUUUCUAAAUGUAAAGGACGUCCUUGUGGUCUACAUAACAUGUAAUGGUGGUUCUUUGGUCAAAAUGUUGCAUAGAUGAUGUUUUACACAUCGUCUUCAAGUCGCUUCAGGAUGCGCCGUUUUGUGGGCGGUCUUAUUUACGUGCCUCCACUUGGACAGCGUCUUCUCCCCGUCAUCUUUGUUGUAGCGGUGUGUAGCGUGCAAGGACGGGAGUGGAAGAAGUGUCAAAAGAUGGCGCUAACUGUUUUAAUGACAUUCAGACUUUACUUCAAUCAAUAACAGAGCAGCAUCUCCUCAUCCGUGGCUCACUAGUGCAACAACAACGCCCGAAAUGUGUCCCGACCGGAACUCUCUAAUAACUAAAGUUCCUUGGGUGAAUAAUGUCAACUCACUACACCGGUAUGUUUUAGCGUUUCGAGAUAUAAGUAAGAACUUUACACUACUUUAUAUUAGAAAUGGCAACAGUGGAGGAUGAAUGUCCCAUAACAAGAAGAUAGAGAAAAAGAAGAAGCUUAUCGACUACGGGGUCAGAACGGACCUUUGUUGUAGCGUGCAAGGAUGAGAAAAAGAUGGAGCUAACUGCUUUAAUGACAUUCAGACUUUACUUCAAUCAACGCCGGAAAUGUGUCCCGUGAAAAACCGCCCGACCGGAACUCUCUAAUAACUAAAGUUCCUUGGGUGUAUAAUGUCAACUCACUACACCGGUAUGUUUUAGCGCUUUCAUGGCGAGUUUACUGACAGAUAUAAGUAAGAACUUUACACUACUUUAUAUUAGAAAUGGCAACAGUGGAGGAUGAAUGUCCCAUAACAAGAAGAUAGAGGAAAAAGAAGAAGCUUAUCGACUACAAAGGCGGACUAGCGCACAUUUUCAGUACUUAUGCAGAUCCCAAAUACAGAUCAGCAGGUACCAGAGGGUAAGAAAAGUUGCUUUAGCAUAAUAUUGUGCAACAAAACGCCAGAUAAUAUGUCUUACCUUAUACACACACACCAUAAUAAUACUCCUAUGUUGAAUGAAGCACAGUACAAUCCAUGAAGUGGUGUGGCUUCAUAGCUUACCAAAGUCCUACUAAAA